AACCAACUGCUUCAACAUUGAAACACAAAACUCUGGAAAAUCGAGACCACAAGAAUCGACCUUGGAUGCAUUUUGAAUAUAGCCAUUUCACUACCAACACAAAAAAAAUCUAAACCAGCUUGGGGACAACAUGGGUUCUUCAAGAUUUCCUCUCCAAUGUUUCACCUUUCUUCUUUUGCAUCAUCUUCUCUUCAGUUCAUGUUCAAGUGUUGCAGAGAAACCUCAACUGGAAGCAAUCCAGAAAACCAGAAAACUAGAAAAUGUAGACCUGUUCACCGCCCAAUUUGAUACUGUUCCCAUCGUGAACCCAACAAAUCCAGGUACAAGUCCAGGUAUAAAUCCAGGUACAAAUCCAGGCACCAAUCCGACCACUCCUAUUGUCAAUCCAGCAAACUCGCCGCCGCCGCCAACAACCACCAUGACACCAAUCACAAACCCAACUCCAUCCACAACACCUCCAGGAUCAACAGGAUCAACACCUCCAGGAUCAACAGGAUCGACACCUCCAGGAUCGACAACUCCAGGAUCAACACCUCCAGGAUCAACAGCUCCAGGAUCAUCUGGUGGUCAAUGGUGUAUUGCAAACCCAUCUGCUUCCGAAACCAGCUUGCAGGUUGCUCUUGAUUAUGCUUGUGGCUAUGGAGGUGCAGACUGUUCCCAGAUUCAACCUGGUGGAAGUUGCUAUAAUCCAAGCACUCUCCAUGACCAUGCGUCUUUUGCAUUCAACGAUUACUACCACAAGAAUCCAUCUCCAACUAGCUGUGUUUUCGGAGGAGCGGCCCAACUUACCAGCACUGACCCGAGUAGUGGAAACUGUCACUAUCCAUCAAGCACAGGAACAACUAGCCCAACUCCUCCGGCUAUGGCCAACCCGCCUCCAUCUCCAACUACAACAAACCCAUAUACAACUCCAACUACGCCUGAUAUAACGACUCCAACCUCACCUGAUUCAACAGUCUACGGCUCUGCGGAACCAACUGGGCUCCCCAGCUCAGCCACUUCACUAUCCUGCGGCCUAAUUCUGUUGGCCGCAACAGGGUUUAUCAGGUCACUUCUUGCUGAAAAUUAUGUCUAACUCAGACAACAAAUCCAAAUUCUGCAACAAGAUGAAGAUUCCCCUGCUUGCCACCACAGUUGUUGAACUCGUAAUCCAGCAAUGAGAUCGACAAGAAGAUGUUAUCUCAAGGCCUUUUUUUCUCACCAUAAGAUUGAUUACUAUACUUCUAUGUAAUGCAAUAUUAGUUGACAAAAGCAGCCUUGGAGAUAUGAAGAAGACACAUAGAAUGCUUAGGUUCUUGUACUCCUUAGACACAUUAAAAUAGCUAUACUUUUAUCUGCAGUAUUAGCCAAAUAAAUUAUUAGAGAGACACUUUAUAUGUA